CGACAGUCAAGUUUUGUUUUCGUACGCUAAUUCUCCAAUUAGCGAAAGUUUAUAUUCUUAUAAGAAAAAUAAAGUUUUUAACAUACAGGAAUUUUGUUGUUUUUAAUCAUCAUCAGCAUUCACCCAGCGCGGAUUUACAAUAACAAAUUUAAAUAUUUUCUCAACUUCCGCUUUACCCACACCACACCGCAGUGAACUGAAGUGCUUUUGAUAAAUCAACGUAAAGUAAAAUGUCGCAACCUGUUGCAUUCCUUACACGCAAAGAAACAUUCAGCGCUUGCCAUCGUUUACACAGCCCACAUCUAAGUGACGCCGAAAAUGCUGAAGUGUUUGGGAAGUGUAAUCAUAUAAACGGACAUGGGCACAAUUACACAGUUGAGGUAACAGUGCGUGGACCUAUUGACAUACGCACAGGGAUGGUAAUGAAUAUUACUGAAUUGAAGACUGCGUUAGACAGAGUUGUGUUCAAGGAUUUGGAUCAUAAAAAUUUGGACUUGGAUGUAGAUUUCUUCAAAAAAACUCCCAGUACUACGGAGAAUGUCUGUGUUUACAUUUGGGAUAAUGUGCGACAACAUUUGAAACGUCCAGAACUUUUGUACGAAGUAAAGAUCUAUGAAACUGAUAAAAAUUCAGUUAGUUAUCGUGGGCCAUACAAUCAUAAUGGCUAUUACCAAAGCAUGCAAAUGAAACGCUCAGCUAAAACUUCUUGUACUAACAUCUCUUCUGAUUCUGACUAAUGCUGCCUGGAGACCACAAGACUCGAAUUGAAUUGUGAAUAUGAAUUUAAUUAAUGUUAGUUAAGGAGAAAUACAAUACUAAAAAAUAAAAUUAAAUAAAAUCUAGUAUUUUUAUAAUUUCAUUUAAUUUUCUACUAUCUACCUAACUAUCAACAAUGAGUUCCUUUGUUUUGCCGUGUAAGUGCAAUAUAAUUGAUUAUACUCUGCUAUAGCUUCAGUUUCAGAUUUAAUACUAUUAUUUUCUUACGUACGUAUACUCAAUUUAUAUUCGAUCAAGAUGACUAUUAAUUCAUAUAAUCAAAGAUUGCUGAUCGAUGAUUUUAAUCUAUAAUAAUGCGCUGUAAUAUGAGCUCUAGUGGUUAUUGAUAUAUGAUUAAGAAAUAUAAGUAGGAUGUAGAACAUUAUAAUUUCUUAUAUAACAGAGGAGUUAUUUGUAAAAAAAAGUAUUUUUAUGUAUCAUAUUUGGUAUCGGAUUCCACAUCUUCUGUGAAUAGUGUCAUGGGAUUCUAUCCGGCCAAAGGCGGAAAUACUUUUUUCGAUUAAGCUCCAGUUUUAGCUGCAUUAGCAAAACAAUAAAAGCAAAGCUUUUAAAUAAAUGUGUUGAUACCAAAUUA